GCGAGCGGCGCGGGCGUGUCAGUCGGAGAGCGCGUCACCACCCCCCGGUCAUCGAUGAGCCCGCCAUGAAGAAGGUGGUGUUGCGACGCAGCUCGGCGCGCUACCUCGCGUUCGGCGCCAUCUUGUUCACGGCGCUGCUGUUCCUGUACUACGGCUACAACACGGGAGGGGGAGGCGGACAGCAGCAGCAGCAGCACCGCGGGGGCGGGCCCGUCCCCGCGGCGAGCAGGCCCGCCCCCACGGCCGCCGCCCCGCCGCCGCCGGAGGAAGAGGAGGACGACGACGACUGGCAGGAGGGCGACUGGACGCUCGCCGCCGGCACGUGUCCGUCUAUCCGGCCGGCGCAGGCGGACGUAGACACCGUCCAACAGUUCAACAAGUUCGACUUCCAGCCGUACUGGAUGAAGAGCAGGGAGUACUGGGAUGCCAACUUCGAGGAGCGAUACAAGGCCAGGAAGGAGAAGUGGCCUGACCUCCCCCUUAAGGUGAUCCUGGUGCCGCACUCGCACAACGACCCCGGCUGGCUGAAGACGUACGAGAGCUACUACCACUACCAGACCAGGAACAUCCUCAACAACAUGGUGGACAAGCUGCAGGCCUUCCCCAACAUGACCUUCAUCUGGUCCGAGGUCUCCUUCUUCGCGCAGUGGUGGGAGAGCGCUCACCCCACCAAGCGGCGCGUGGUCCGGAGGCUGCUGGAGCAGGGGCGGCUGGAGAUCAUGACCGGCGGCUGGGUCAUGACGGACGAGGCCACCGUGCACAUGUACGCCAUGCUGGACCAGCUCAUCGAAGGUCAUCUGUGGGUGAAGAACAACCUGGGUGUCGUUCCCAGGUCUGGUUGGUCGGUGGAUCCCUUCGGACACGGCUCCACGGUGCCCUACAUGCUGAGGCAGGCGGGUGUCGGCAACACCGUCAUCCAGAGGGUGCACUACGCCUGGAAGCAGUGGCUCGCCCAGCAGCAGAUGGGGGACUUCCUCUGGCGACAGAACUGGGACGAGGACGGCCACACCGACAUCCUCACACACAACCAGCCGUUCGACAUCUACUCCAUCAAGCACUCCUGCGGGCCCCACCCGCAGGUGUGCCUCAACUUCGACUUCCGGAAGAUCCCCGGCGAGUACACGGAGUACAGCCUGAGGGCGGUGCCGAUAGACGAGUACAACGUGCGUCAGAAGGCGGAGUUGCUGCUGGAGCAGUACGGGCGUACUGGAUCGCUGUUCCCCCACAAUGUGGUGAUGAUGCCUUUGGGAGACGACUUCCGCUACGAUCACGAGAUCGAGUGGGACCAACAGUAUCACAACUACAAGCGUCUUUUCGACUACAUUAACCAGAACAAGGAGCGGUACCAUGCUGAAGUCAUGUUCGGCACUCCGUCUGACUACUUCACGGCGGUCAAGGAACGAAGUAAACAUUUCCCGACACUGAAAGGCGACUUCUAUGUUUAUAGUGACAUCUUUUCAGAAGGGAGACCAGCCUACUGGAGUGGAUACUUCACCACUCGACCAUACUGGAAAAUAUUGGACAGGGAGGUUGAGGCCAGUCUGAGGUCGGCAGAGAUAUUGUAUACCCUUGCCCUCAACAGGGCUCGGCAACACAACUUCAACAAAACAGCUCAGCUUCUGGAGAGGGACUUUGAGCGAAUCAUAAAGGCACGUCGGUCUCUAGCCUUGUUCCAGCAUCAUGAUGCUAUCACCGGUACAUCCAAAGCAUUCGUCAUGCACGACUACGGUCUUAAGCUAUUUGAGGCUUUGCAGGAUACCAUGCAUGUGCAAAGUCACAGUGCACAGACUCUAUUAGUGAAGGAUCUUUCGGAAAAGCAGACUCCUGGGAAGUUUAUGAUCAACAGGCAAGAUAAUUUUCUUCUGCCUGAUACCGACCGCGAGUCUUAUGAGAAGCUUCCUCAAAAAUUGCCUCUCAUGACUACGAAAAAUAAACCUAGGCGCAUUGUAUUGUUUAACCCUCUGGCACAGCAACGGCAAGAAGUGGUAAAAAUAAGAGUGACUAUGCCCAAUGUGAGGGUGAUCGACUCCGAAGGAAAUGCAGUGCAAUUUCAAAUUAAUCCAGUGUGGAAUUUUACUACUCUAGACAAGAUAAAAAUGGAUAACAUUGGAGUAGAUAGUGAAAUGACAGAAGAACAAACAGAAAAGAUUGACAUUCAGAUGUCGAAGGACAUCUUUGAAGUGAUGUUCAUAGCAAAUUUGCCCGGUCUUUCGUUAGUUACAUAUACUAUCGAGAGAGUUUUAAAAAGAAACUUGGAACCACGCGCCAUAGUUUAUUGUGCUUCGUGUGGAAAGAACGCGGAAGAUCCUAACUUCGUGCCUCCAUUCGUAGUCAAAGGUAUGCAGGCAGGUGACAUACAAUUGGAGAACCAUCGCAUGAAGCUUCUUGUAGACGGACACUCGGGAUUUCUUAAAGCAGUCACUCGCAAGGCAACGGGCCACACCACUCAGUGUGGCCUCCAGUUCUCUGCCUAUCCAUCGGCCCAGUUCCACAGCGGAGCCUACCUCUUCAUGCCGGAUCCCAACGCCCGAGAGGCGGAGCGAGAAGUGCUGUCGGAUCACCAGUCGAACCGCGGUUCCACGCAAAUCAUAAUCAUCACUUCCGGACCGGUCGCCUCCGAGCUGACAGUGGUUUACCACCCGUUGCUCACGCACUCCAUACGCAUCUACCACACGGCGGGCCCGCUGAGCGAGGGCAUGUACAUAGAGAACACGGUGGACUUUGAGGCCCCGCCCAAGAACCGCGAGACCGAGCUGUUCAUGAGAGUGGUGAGCGACAUCAGCAACGGCGACCCGCCAGAGUUCUACUCCGACCUGAACGGCUUCCAGAUGCAGCGCAGGGAGAAGGUGGAGCGGAUCGGCAUCGAGGGCAACUACUUCCCGGUGACGUCGAUGGCCUACAUCCAGGACGCCGAGCGGCGCCUCAGCCUGCUGGUGAGCCACGCGCAGGGCGCGGCAAGCUGGCAGCCCGGCUGGCUGGAGGUGAUGCUGGACCGCCGGACGCUGUACGACGACUCGCGGGGGAUGGGCGAGGGGGUGGUCGACAACAAGCGCAUGCUCGCCAAGUUCUGGCUGCUGCUGGAGGAGGUGUCCGGCCCGGCGGACGAGUACUCGCGCCCCAGCCUGUUCGCGCACCACCUCUCCAACGGCCUGCUCUACCCGGCGAGCCUGUUCGUCGUGGAGGGCGCGCCCACCGGCCUGCGCGGGAAGGUGAGCCUGCUGACCAGGCCGUUCCCUUGCGACGUGCACCUGGUGACGCUGCGCGCGACGCCGGACCCCGGCUACAUGCAGUUCCCGUCGGGCUCGGCGCUGAUGGUGCUGCACCGGGUGGGGUACUCGUGCAGCACGGAGCCCGGGGCCGCCAUACCGCGGUGCUCCGCCUCCGACACGGACCACGCCGCGCUGCGCAGGAGGACUCUGUUCAGGCGCCUGAGGCUGCAGUCGGUGGUGAGGACCUCCCUGACGGGCCUGCACGCGCAGGAGGAGCUGGAAGACCUGGGGCAGGUGCUGCUGCGGCCCAUGCAGCUCGUCACGUUGAACGUCACGUUCGUGCUGUGAUAACCGAGUAUUUAUUGAACUCCCGGCGUUUGUUAUCCGUGUACAGUAUUUAUAAAAUGACGGGACGAUUUGUUGAAAUCGCGGUGUGAUUCUGUAUUUCAAUGAAGACUAUUUAUUUUUGUAAAAUAAAAAGAAAAACAGCAAUUUUUUUAUUGGA